CUUUCACUUACAUGCAACAAAGGAUCCAACUGUAUAAAUUGAAACGCACGUCCAGUUGGAAAACAUAGUCUCAUUAUUAACAAUUCCGAAUAACUAAAGAAUGGCGCAUUUUCCUGUCGCCUCACUCACCCAAGUUGUUUUGUUGUUGGUUUUCAUCUGCUGGACGAAGAGUUCAACUGGCGCUGCCUUUUCCUUGGAGGAAGAAUUCCUACAACUGAAGGAAAAUUAUAUUCAAAUGAAACAACUCUUUGAAUCAACAGCGAUUGAACUGCAGGACAAAGUGACACAACUGGAGGCGCAACUUGAACUAAAUAAUGAACUUAGACAAGAUUUGGCAUUGAAAGUAAAACAACUAGAGGACAAAAAUGUCCAAAUGGAAGUCAAAAUUCAGGGCCAAGACAGAAUUCUAAAUUCCUUAUUGGAAGUUUCCACUGAUUCAAAAUUAUUUCGAAAUAAUAAUAAAAUUGCAAUUCGAUCAACUGGAAAGAAUGGAAUUCCAAGGACAUGCAAAGAACUUCGUGCGAUCGAUGCUUCACUUUCAUCCGGAAUGCACUGGAUCGAUCCGGACGGACAAGGUUUUGGCGAUGACCCAAUUUACGUUUACUGCGAUAUGACAUCAGGAUCGACCUCAAUUCUACACGAUAGUGAAUCUUCUUUAAAUGUGGGCCACUGCGCCGAGGCCGGGUGCUAUUCCCGUUCCAUCAACUACAAUUCGUCAAUCGGACAAAUAAAAGCUUUGAUGGAAUUAUCCACUGAAUGCCACCAGUCUAUUAGAUACGACUGCAACUUUGCCCCGUUCGAGUUAAAUGGCGUCGCCUAUUCCUGGUGGAACGACAGAGAAGGAAAUGCGCAAUACUUUUGGGCCGGAAGUAACACGGACGGAGUUCACACCUGCCAGUGCGGAAUUGAUGCCAAUUGCGUCGAUCCUGCGACGAAAUGCAAUUGCGAUGCUCUUGCACCAAUUCAAUUAGUCGACGACGGUGUCAUUACCGACAAAAAUGUUCCGCCCGUCACUCGUUUGAAUUUCGGACGAACUCAACUGGAAAUUUCAUCCGGCGUCCACACGCUUGGCCGACUCGUGUGCACCGGUUUAGUGACUUUGAGUGGACUGCCAAAGUCGUGCCAAGAUUUGUGGUUGAUUGGCCACACCCUGAACGGAUUUUAUUCCGUCAUGGGAUCAGCGAAAAUGGAAUCCGUCUACUGCGAUUUCACUAAACUCCCUGACGAUGCGGGUUUCCAGAAAUGGAUUGGAUAUGUCGACGUUAAAUCGGCGCCUGUCCAUUUCUACGUCCAGAGAAAUUCUUCAUUUACCACAAAAAACACUCCGAUUUCGUUCGAGUUGGCUCGGGUGAACGAGGGAAAUGCCAUGGAUUUGACAUCGGGGAUAUUCACGGCACCGCGACCGGGAAUUUAUUUUUUCUCUUUUGCGGGACGGGCGCGUCUUCAAUUUUCAUCUUCUGCUAAUUUAAUUUCAUAUCUUCGAUUGAACGGGAAUAUAAUCGGGUCGAAUGAUGUUUACGAGGCAAACACUCCCGUUCAUCAAUGGAGUCCGUUGACCCUCCAGUCGACGCUGAACUUGAAAACAGGCGAUCAACUCUGGGUGACGAUUGAUUUUGCUGGUUCCUCGUAUUUGGAUGACCACUACAUUAACCACUACACCCAUUUCACGGGUUUCAUGUUGGAGGAGGAAAUUGGGGCGUCCAUUUGAGAUUUCGGGUUCAAAAUCCCAAAUUCGCAAAAUGAACGUCGACACGAAAAUUU